AUGACUCUUUAUUUCCUAUCCCUCCUUCACUAUCCUCUCGCUCAGUGUUUCUUUCUUUUGUCGCAAUUCCUGAAACCAACUUAUAGGGUAAUACCAAGGGACAGAAUGAACCCUCCACCUCCAAACGAUCGUUUCGCAAAAGCCAAAAAUAUUGCCCGAACAAGCUUGAAAAGAUUCGGGCCUCUCCUCCUCACCGGCCUCGCAGCCGUAGUAGAACACCACUGGCUCAAGCGAGACGAUGAUCCACCACCUCCCGAGCAACCACAAUGUGAUGACCGAGACCGAUCCUCGAUCAAAGAACUCAAGCACGAAGUCAAGAAACUCAGGAAGAAGCUAAAAGGAAAACGCAAAUACCGCGACGACUCAAGCUCCUCCUCCGACAGCUCCUCAACUGUCGCCUACCAUCAACGAGUCGUCGAGAGCCCCAUGCGUGGCCGACGACGUCCGUUGGGGGAAGAACAAACUCGGGAACGGGACGAAUACUAUCGCGGUUUCGAGACGCGGGGAAAUCCACCACCUCCAGUCCCGGAUCCUCCGCAGCAGUAUCAGCGGUAUCAGACUUUUCAACCGCCUCAGCUUCCUCAUGAGAUGACGAUGCUGGGUCAAGCGUCUUCUUCGAGAGAUAUCCAACGUCCACCUCCGCGUCAGGUCUCACACCACCGUCCUCGUCCUCGUCGUCGACACCACUCACUCCCUAGCAUAAUCGACGCCGAAUUCUCACCUACAACCAUCCACGCCGGCAAGGUAGCCGCGGUAGCAGGGUUCAUCGAAGCCCUGCACGUAGGUGAUUUUCGCGGGGACUGGAUCGGGAGAAAAGGCGCAAGGGUUGGGACCACGAUGGCGGCGAGUUUUGGGGCGAGUGUUGCGAGGGAUAAGGAUCCGAGGGAUUUGAGGAGGAGGGAGAUUGUGAUGGAUGUUGGGAAGGGGUUGGCUGUUAGUAGAUUGGUUCAUGGACGGGUUGAGAGGGUUGAGGAUGGGUACCGGAGAAGGGGGAGGAGGUGGAGUUCUAGCUUUUGA